GUUUCCUGUAGUCCCGGCCGUGACGAGUCCCUUCCAACAAAACAAACCUGGAAAUGGCGAAUUCGUGAAAAAUCUCAUCUGAAAACACAACAGAAUGGCGGCAAAAGAGAUGGAAUCCACCAUUCAAAUGCGGCUUUACACGCUAACGAAGAGGCAGUUUGUCAUGGUUUUUGUGGCAUUUUUCGUCGCGUUUUUUGUCACACUUAUCAUUGGAAUAGCUGGCCCUGCGAUUAUUGUCAGUCACGAGAAGAGUGCCGUACAUCAGCUGCAAGUACCACCCAGUCAACUAAUGGCAGGGAAGUUCCAGAUAAACACAGGACUGAUGUCAACAUUCAGCCAGCAGCUUUGGCUUUUGAGCCGCUUUAAGAUAAAUGGGACGAAGAAAGAUUUGAUAUUCAGCACUCAAUUCAACCUGAAAGUUGAAGUGCGAGGACAAGGCAAAGACACAAGUUUUCAUUUGUAUUCAGCCUCCGACAACAAGACCAGACAAGUGACUUGUAGAAAUGGGGAGUGCAGUCACACAGUAAUCCUGCAUCUGGGAUACCUAGAUUACCCUUCUUAUGCCAUUAAAGUGACAUUUGAUGGACUACAGUUCCCAAAGGGCAUCCGACUUGCUGAUGUCAUAUUCUCUUUGAAGCAUUAUAGUAAUGACUUCAGUCAAGUGGAAAUCUGGUUCCGCUUUGUGUUUCUGGUCAUGGCAUUUAUGGUGACGUGUAUGUUCGCACACUCCCUGAGAAAAUUCUCAGUUAAAGACUGGUCCAUUGAACAAAAAUGGAUGUCGUUACUUCUUCCCCUGCUGCUUCUUUACAAUGACCCAAUCUUCCCGCUUAACUUCCUGGUCAAUAGCUGGGUGCCUGGGAUGUUUGACUCGCUUUUCCAGGCUUCAUUUCUUUGUGCUCUUCUUCUGUUCUGGUUAUGCGCCUUUCAUGGGAUCAGACUGAAUGACAGGAGAUUUUUGUCUUUCUACCUGCCCAAGCUCAUGAUCGUAGGACUGCUCUGGGUCUCUGCAUUUGUCCUAUCAUCAUGGCAACAGUAUAAUGAGCUACGAGACCCAACCUAUCAAUAUAAACUGGAUAUCGGGCAUUUUAUGGGCCUCAAGGUGUUCUUCUUCAGUAUUGGCGCUGUAUAUCUUAUUUAUUUGAUCUACCUGUUGAUUAGAGCAUACAGCGAGCUUAAGGCUAUGCCAUAUUUUGAUAUCCGUCUAAAGUUCCUGACCGCCCUAAUGCUGAUCGUCCUCACCAUCAGCCUGGUCAUCACUGGCCUCAGGUUUGGAACCGCUGUGCUACAGGACAACUUUAUCGCCGAGAUCGAGACUCAUUAUAAAAACUCUGCCGAAUUCCUGUCCUUUUACGGCCUUCUCAACUUUUACCUCUACUGCAUGGCCUUCGUCUAUUCACCUGCAAAAAACGCGCUCUAUGACUCGUAUAUCCGUGAACCGUCGACGUUCUCAAUGCUGAACGAAUCUGAUGAGGAAUCAGGGCUCAUCUACUCUAAGAAAGAAGGGACAAGAUCUCCUUACUCAAGCUCAGAUGAGGACUAGGUAGGAUAGCCGUAUGUCUGGCACGUGAAUAGCGGAAUAGAAUAGAAAGCGGUAAUCACGUGAGUUAAGCACUGAUCAGCCUUGUACUAGUGAAACUGAACAUGUGAAUAGCACGUGCGUUCAAAGCCACCGCGCGUGAAGCGCGAAAUAAACGUAAACCAAGAUCACGCAUUAUUAAAACGG